UCCGUGCUGGAAGAUGGCGGACGAGGUGUGCGCCAGGCAGCCGGGCUCCGGCUCCGACUCCGAAGGGCCGACGCCCACUAACCCGAGCCGGGGCCCGCGGCUGGUCAAGAUCAUCAAGUCGGAGACCGGCUACGGCUUCAACGUGCGGGGCCAGGUGAGCGAAGGCGGGCAGCUGAGGAGCAUCAACGGGGAGCUGUACGCGCCGCUCCAGCACGUCAGCGCCGUCUUACCGGGCGGAGCGGCCGAGCGGGCCGGUGUCCGCAAAGGAGACCGCAUCCUCGAAGUGAAUGGCGUUAAUGUUGAGGGAGCGACGCACAAACAAGUUGUAGACCUGAUUCGGGCCGGAGAUCGGGAGUUGAUUCUGACCGUGCUGUCUGUUCCGCAACAAGAAGCUGAUCGGCUCGAUCCUGGUGAUGACUCUUCCGGGAACAUCUACUAUGACUACAGUGAGAAGCGAGCAGUGCCAAUCUCAAUCCCUGGCUACAAGCAUGUUGAGCGGAAUGGGGAGAGAUUUGUGGUCUUCAACAUUUAUAUGGCUGGACGUCAACUGUGCUCUCGACGCUUCCGUGAAUUCACUAUCCUUCACCAGAAUUUGAAGAGGGAAUUUUCUGACUUCCAUUUCCCAAAACUCCCGAGGAAGUGGCCAUUUUCGCUCUCUGAGCAGCAGUUGGAUGCCAGGCGGCGAGGCCUGGAAGAGUAUCUUGAGAAAGUGUGCUCGGUCAGUGUUCUUGGCGAGAGUGACGUGAUGCAGGAGUUCUUGGCUGAUUCCAGUGAGAGUAUAAACGGGCUGUCAGACGUAGAUUUGAGGAUAGCCUUGCCGGACAGAAACAUCAUCACAGUCACCGUGAAAAAGAACAGCACUGCAGAGGAAGUCUACAGGGCUGUACAAGAGCACUUACGAAUGGAUAGCAUCACAGCGAGUUUCUUUACACUGUUUGAAGUUGUGGACCACUUCUUUGAGCGGAAGCUGGUCCCCAAUGAGUUUCCCCACAAACUGUACAUACAGAACUACACGUCAGCAGCAGCGGGGACAUGUCUCGUCAUCAGGAAGUGGUUAUUCACCAUGGCCCAAGAAGAACUUUUGAAUGACAAUGACCUCGCAGUAACCUACUUCUUCCAUCAGGCCGUGGAGGAUGUGAAGAAAGGGCGGAUUCGAGUUGGUGAUAAAUCGUACCAGCUUCAGAAACUGUCGGAGCAGCACAAGAAAGUCAUGUACCUCAACAUGAUUCGGACUUGUGAAGGCUACAAUCAGAUCGUUUUCCCACACUGUCGGUGUGACUCUCGAAGGAAGGGGCAUGUGAUGGCAGCCAUUAGCAUUCAGCACUUUAAACUCCAUGCUUGCACAGAGGAUGGACAACUGGAGAACCAGGUGAUCAUGUUUGAGUGGGACGAGAUGCACCAGUGGGACACAGACGAAGAGGGGAUGGCGUUCUGCUUUGAAUACAUACGUGGUGAAAAGAAACCACGCUGGGUGAAAAUCUUCACUCCUUACUUUAACUACAUGCAUGAGUGUUUUGAGCGUGUUCUGUGUGAGCUGAGAUGGAGGAAAGAGAUGGAAGAGGUUGGCAAUGAUGAAGAUAAUAGGAAUAGCACCAGCCACAUGAAUAUUUUUCAUGCAGCAGCAGCGAGGGGCCCCCGAGGUUCGCUGUCCUGAGGGGAGACCUCAUUCUCUGUAGCAUCUCAGCACCUUAGCAUGAAAACUGAAGCAAUUGGACCUUUGACAUUGGGGAUGGAGGAGGCACAGAGCAGCCCAAACCUUUCCUCAAUGUAGCUGUGACAUCAAAACAGUCUUCAAGUAGUCCAUUCCUCAUUUCAUCACAUCUUUCACUGUUGUAAUGUUUCCACUCGUAGCCGCCUCUGUGAGUGAUCAAGGAGUAACGUUUAUUGGCAGUGCAGGACGCUGGGACACAAUCUUCCUAACCAGAAGGAGCGACCAUAGCAUGUGGUCAAUAGAGUACAGGAGGCCAGAGCUUGCUAGUCCUGAAUUGUUAGCCUGGGACCAGUUGGUGAAGGGGCGAGCACUAUAUCUUGGCCAAGUUCUUAAUUUCCAAUCUAAUGACUAGACAGACAGUGUAAGCUCCUACUUAAUUGCAGUGUAUUAGAGUCAGGAUCCCUGCUUGUUAUUUGGAGAGCUUCAGUCUCCAACCGACCGGACAUUGAACGGAACACGUUUUUGCCACUGGAUCCGAGCGUCAGUUCAUCUUGACUACUUAUCAACACCUGAAAAUUGAGUUUAUAAGUGGAUAUUCUCCCUUUGUUCAGAUCUGACAGCAGGGUAGUAGAGUCUAUCACUGGGUGCUCUCCAGCAUGCAGCACGUACAGUCUUGUAUUUCAGUUAUAUACAAUGGGGAUAUAGAUGGAGAAGUGUAGGAGCCUGGGAGUAGGGGAGCUUUUUCCUACCAAAAAAAAACCUCAUUUUUGUUUUAUAUUGAAAACUAGAAAGGAUGUUUUUUAUUAAGAGCUAUCAUGCUCGGCUAAGACAGCACAAACACAUUUAGGUGUAUAUGGGGCUCUUGCAUUUUUGAGUACGUACUAUACCAUCCAGUCACUCAUUGUCCAAAGCUGUAUAGGAAAUAUCCACUUUUAACACGUGUGUGUGUGUGUGUGUUGUGACAGUGAAAUCAAUUGACAAGGAAUGGGAAAAUUGAGAAACCGUCAGUGUUCAGUAGGCUGCCAGAUUUGUAAUUAACCCUCUUUGAGUUCAUAAUUUUUUUCCCCCGUUCUUUGGGGACUGGUUCAGGCCAGUCACUUGGACUGUAAAUGGUCUAUGUACACUACCUAGGAAAGUAUUUCCAAUGCCCUUUAUGUUGUGCACUGUUUCUGAAAUAAGCAGUUACACAGCCUCGACAUACUGCUUAAUAACAUAGCUAUACUCCGUUAUAGAUUAGUCACCAGUCAUCAGUGUUGGACAUUGUGGGGUUUAUGUUCCUUGCUGGCAGUGAUGUUGAUCUGCACAAAGUUCAUCUUGUACUUUAGGAAGCAGGGAAUUUAGUUGAAUCAUAGGGUGCGAAAGCCUUUGGGAUAGUUUAUACCAGUUCCCUGGCUGCCUUUUUUGUGUAUCAUGGCUUCCUCAAAGUUCACCAGCUGGGUGAAGACUAAAAAGCAGAACAGGCCAGUGUAAGUGAGGGGAGAGGAGACUGAUUGUAUGACACUUCAAAGCUUUAAAACUGCAUAGCUCCUUUGCACAGGGGGGCAGCCUUGUAACAUUUGAGGACCGAUGGAUCAUUUUGAAAGUCAACUUUCUAAGCGUGGACCUCGUAACGAAGUCUGAUGACAGAAACGUUGCACUAGGAUCCGAAAGUCCUUUUACAGACAACUGGGAGACUGUGUAUUACAUUCAGUAUGGGCCUACAUGCAGGCAAAAGGCAGAGGACACACUACUACUUACCAGAGGCUGACUGUGGAGGGGAAGCAAUUGUUUUUGUAAAAAAAAAUCCUAGUCUUCUCAAAAUUACCAUGUAAUUUCUUGAAAGCAUCAGUGUUAAAGCUGCAAUGUAAUUAUUUAUAGAUCCAUAAUUAAAGGUGACAACUGGUUUGUGUAAA